AGUUUAAGACUUCUAGUAUUGCUAAGGCAACCAUGUAGAAGAUACAACGGCUGCGCUUAUGUAUUAUGUACAUACAUAAAAUUGUACAUAAAAAUUGUUUAUUUAUCUGUGCGGUGUAUUUUUUUAAGAUGACUUGUGAACAUUUUGUGACUGUGAAAAGUGUUGUGUGUAUAAGUGUACUAUGUUUUUUUCUGAACAAAAGUUUCGUGAGCUCUUUCGUGCUGAAAAAGAUAGAGCCUUUUCGAUUGGAUAUAAUUCAUUAUAAUGACUUUCAUGACAGAUUCGAAGAGACAUCAGUGGACUACCCGCUAUGCAGCACCAACGACAGCCGCUGUCUCGGUGGCUUCGCGCGGCUCUACCACGAGGUGAUGGCGCUGAAGAGGACCAGGCCCGACGCCCUGCUGCUGAACGCCGGCGACAGCUUCCAGGGCACCUACUGGUACACGCUGCUCAAGUGGAACGUGACACAGCAUUUUAUCAAUAUGCUGCCGAAUGACGCUCACGCCCUCGGCAACCACGAGUUCGAUGACCACGUGUCGGGCCUAGUACCCUACAUCUCAGCCCUGCGCGCGCCCGUACUGGCCGCCAACAUGGACGCCAGCCGGGAGCCGCGCCUGCAGGGGCUUGCGCAAGCGCAUACCGUGCUGGAGAGAGGCGGGAGAAGUGUGGGGGUUAUUGGGCUGAUUACUACUGAGACUGCUUAUUCGUCAAGCCCAGAUGGUGUGGUGUUCCUUGACCCUGUCAACACUACGAAGUUCUACGCCGAGAAACUCACCCGAGAGGGAAUCGACAUAAUCAUUCUACUAUCCCACUGCGGACUCAUUGUUGACAAAAAGAUAGCGAAGGAGGCGGGUGAGCACAUAGACGUGAUCGUGGGGGGCCACUCGCACAGCCUGCUCUGGAGUGGGACGCCCCCGAGCCCAGAGCUGGCGCAAGGGCCGUACCCGGUGGUGGUCGCGCCGGACUCUGCGCCUGGACAUAAGGUGGUGAUAGUGCAAGCUUCGGCGUACAGCAAGUACCUCGGCAACCUGACGGUGUUCUUCGAUGAUGAGGGAGAGGUCCAGCAUUUUGAGGGCACCCCUGUGUUUCUGAACAGGUCUAUUCCUGAAGACCCAUCAAUAAAGGCGCUCAUGCAGCCCUAUUCUGACAAACUGCACUCCAUAGUCGGGGAGGUGGUGGGCUAUUCUCCACACGACCUGUCGUCGGCGUCGUGUGACUCGGGCGAGUGCGCCGUCGGGAACCUCGUGGCUGACAGCUACCUUGAUGCUGCUAAAUCGAAAAACAUUUCCAAUCUGCCACACGUAGCGUUUAUCACAAAGAGUAAUUUGCGAGGUUCUGUUUCUAAAGGCGACAUAACUAGAGGAGACUUGAUAACUACUCUGCCGUUUUCUAACCAGAUCGUAACUUUGGCACUGAAAGGAAAGUACUUGGUUCAGGCCUUCGAGAAAUCUUUCCUUCACACGUGGAGUGAGGAUCCAUUUGCCUCACCCUCAUUGACUCAAGUUUCUGGCGUUCAGCUCACGCUGAGUGUGAAACAAUUGAAGGCGGUGAAGGUGCUAGUGAGAGAGGGAGAUGAGUUCGUUCCCCUCGACCCUGAGAGGGAGUACCAGCUGACAGUCACUGACUUCGUGGCGAAGGGGGGCCAUUACUCCAUGAUCAGCGAGCAUGGCCGGGACGCGAGGAGCAUCGGCUUGGACCGGGAAAUGUUAGAGAACUACGUGAAGAAAAUUACACCGAACAUGCCCACGCUAGAGAAUAGACUUACAAUCAUUCCUUAAUAAUAAUUAAGAAGGACGUUUAGAAAUUAGAAUGUUUCGCCAGUGGAUUCAGCCAUACUUAGGUACAAAAAUGUGUAUAUAAGUAUAUGAAGUAUAUGAAGUACAACAACAAAUAAUAAAGAUUAAUCAAUGCAGUAUUUGUACAUUUAGGAGUGUAAGAAAAUACAUGUACAUACGUCUCAAUAAAAUAAUAUACCCACAUUACAGUGCCUAUUUUGU